GGUGGUCGAAUAAUUUAUUUAUUUAUUUUAGUUUUAAUGCUUUCUUUUUUCCUUAGCUCUUUUUAUAGGACACUAAAUAGAAGAAUAUUUGAACUUCCUCAACCUCAAACUCACCUAAAGUUUUUUCAUUUCUCUUCCUUUUGCCAUCUGAUUUGAGAAGUAGAAGUAGAAGAGGGAGAAUGAAUCCUACAAAACAAAUUGAGAUUUCGAGUUCGAUUACGGCCAAGGAAUCAAAUAAAAAGGACGACCCAGAAUGUGGUUGUGAUCAUUCCACAGUUAAUAACCCUGAAAGCAAAAAUAAGGCCGGUGGAUCAAAAGAAGAAGAUGAAGGUGAGACAGUGGAGGUUGUUGUUGAACGCCAGCUCAUUCUUGCGGCGUCUAUAGGAGAUGACUUUCAAUUGGAAGUCACCGCCGAUCAGAUCAAUAGCUCCUGCGCCGCCACCGCGGAUAACCAAACCGUAGACUCUGAAAUUCCUCUUGAUGAAGAAACCAAACAGCUAAGGAUUACUGCGAAAAAGAUUAGCCUGUACCAUGCUGCACUGAAAGGGGAUUGGGAAAAGGCUGAAUCAAUCCUAAAGGCGGACACAUCUUGGAGCGUAAGCAAUUACAUAACAAGAGACAAUGAGACAGCUCUUCACAUAGCUGCUGGAGCAAAGCAUGUGGAAUUCGUAGAGAAGUUGAUAGAUACAAUGACACUUGAUGACAUGGUAAUAAUAAACACCCAUGGCAAUACUGCCCUUUGUUUUGCUGCAACGUCAGGAGUGGUGAGAAUUGCUGAGUUAAUGGUGAAGAAGAAUAAAGAUCUUCCGCUUAUACGUGGAUUUGGAAAUGCAACACCACUUUUCAUGGCUAUUUCGUAUCAACGUAAACAAAUGGCUUCUUAUCUCUUCUCUGUCACCGAUCGGAAGCAACUCACUUCUCAAGACCAGAUUGAGCUUCUUAUUGCCACUAUACACAGCGACUUUUAUGACAUAAGUUUGGAAAUUCUUGAAAGGAAUCCAAAAUUAGCAAUUAUGAGAGACACUAAGAAUAAUAAUGAGACAGCGUUACAUGUCUUGGCUAGAAAACCAUCAGCAAUCAGUAGCAAAUCAGAGAUAAGCAUUUGGAAAAAACCCAUCAAUUCUUGGACCAAAGGUAUAAUCUAUGGCAAAGAUGUGAUGAAGACAUUAGCUCAUCAAUUGGUUAAAUCACUAUGGGGACAUGUUCUAAGAGAAUUACCAGAAAAGAAAAUGUUGAAGUUUAUUAAACAUCCUACAAUACUAUUGCAUGAUGCUGCAAGGGCAGGAAAUGUUGAGUUUCUAAUUUUGCUUAUUCAAUCAUAUCCAAAUAUUGCAUGGGAAGAUGAUGAUGAUGGUAAGAAUGUAUUUCACAUAGCUGUCGAAAAUCGACUCGAGAAUGUGUUCAGUCUAAUUCAUGAGAUUAGUGGCCUCAAGGACUUUUCAGCAAAGUAUAGAACAACUGGUAAGGAGAAAUACAACAUGUUACAUUUGGCUGCAAAAUUAGCUGCUCCAAAUCAUCUCAAUAGAGUCUCAGGAGCUGCCCUUCAAAUGCAACGUGAAUUACUUUGGUUUAAGGAAGUGGAGAAAAUAGUUUUGCCUUCACAACGUGGGGCCAAAUGUGAAGUUGAUUCACUGAUCAAGUUGACACCAUGUGAAUUGUUCACUAAAGAGCAUAAAGAUCUUCGUAAAGACGGUGAGGAGUGGAUGAAAAACACGGCGAAUUCUUGCAUGCUCGUCUCGACUUUAAUUGCAACGGUAGUUUUUGCAGCGGCAUUCACUGUACCUGGUGGGAAUGACGGUAAUUCAGGCACACCUAUUUUUCAACACGAGUUUUGGUUUACGAUAUUCGUGAUAUCGGAUGCGUUUGGUUUGGUAUCAUCCUCAACAUCUAUCUUGAUGUUCUUGUCAAUUCUUACUUCACGCUAUGCAGAAGACGAUUUCUUGCACUCAUUACCAUCGAAGUUGCUCGUUGGAAUUGCGUCGUUGUUCAUCUCCAUCGUGUGCAUGGUUAUUGCGUUUAGUGCAACGUUUUUUAUGCUCUACAAUAAGAAAAAUAUGUGGAUUCCUGCGACGGUUACUGCGAUUGCAAUUGUUCCGAUUAGUUGUUUUUUUGCACUUCAUUUUGGACUAUGGAUCGACACAUUUCACAACACUUACUUGUCUAGACUUCUUUUCAGGCCUCAUCAACGGAAGUUGUUCUCAUCAUCGGCUUCUCAUGCUGUUGAUUUGUUUCGUGAACUUAAGAAAAGAAGAAGUGAGAGAAAAUAUUAUCGAUGGGAUCAAUAUUAAUUAGAAUGUGUUUUUCAUUUGUUUGGUGUGAUGAUAAUGUUGGUGACAACAAUCUUUCGUUCAAUGUAUUUACUUGUUGUGUGUGAUUAAUAUUUGGUUUUUAAUAUCAAAAUCUAAGGCUUAAAUUCUCUUAAACUCUA